AUGGAUUCCCAGACAGGUAGCAAUAACACAGCUGCCAGCCUAACGAAUGCACCGCCUCCUCCGAGCAUGGCGGUAGACGGCAGUGUAGUCAAGUCGGAACCGGCGGAGGACUUGCAGAUGGCAGACUCCAAGGACCCAGAAAGCUGGGAUGAUGAGCGGCGGCUCCUGACUGCUCUCUGUACCCUACAGCAGAUGCACGGUAGAAUUAACCAACUGCGAGACCUUCUUCCUGGGCGUCUGCUAGGCCCUCUGAAACCUAUCAUCAACCAGCCUCCAGGGUGUGACAAGUACCAAAAGACCCCCCAAGAACUAUAUCAGGAACUGUCUCAAUCAGUUCCCAGCUGCAUGGCCGAGAUUGAGGGCCUCAAGUCUUCUUGGAAUUCACCUGAGAUGACCACCAUCCUGGACCGGGUGGAUGCGAGGCUCAAGGACCGGAAUGGUGAGUACCCCUACAUGAACAACAUGUGGGAGUGCGAUUACGAGGAAGCCCUUGCAUCCCUUGACCAGGAAGAGAAGAAGAUGGAAGAGAUGAAGUCUCUACAGCAAGACGCACUUGAAAAACAGAAGCUAGAAUCUACAGUCGGGGCUUGGAAAGAUAUUGUCGAAUCAUUCAAGAGCAAAAAUAUACCGGGUAUCAGUAUGCAGAUUAUACCCUCUGACGAAACCAAGAAGUUUUGCAUGGACAUACAGAGCGUAUCGACUACUUUCCACGUUCAAAUGUCCAGUGGCAUUGCCGGAGACAAUUCAGAAACGUGGCAUGUCAGCACUGGUCACCAGCAGAACCAGUCGAAGUUAGCUACUGAGAUCUUGGGUUGCAUUCAGUCACGGCAGCGGCAGUGGGACCUUCAGUAUCUUCUGGUGCGUUGA